GCCCAGCGCAGCCCAGCGCAGCCCAGGCCCGGCCGCGCGCUCCGUGCGGGACUCGCUGCGCCGGGGCCAGGCCGGGAGCCGGGAGCCGCGAGCCGCGAGCCGCGAGCCGCGCCGGGAGGGAGCGCACGGUCGGAGCGGCCAGGUGCCAGCAGCGGGGUCUCCCCUCAGGCCUUGAGCAGCCAUGUCCCACCCCAGCGCGCCCCCUCCAUAUGAGGACCGCAAUCCCCUGUACCCUGGCUCUCCGCCCCAGGGGGGCUACGGGCAGCCCUCCGUCCUGCCCGGUGGCUACCCUGCCUACCCUGCCUACCCACAGCCUGGCUACGGCCACCCUGCUGGCUACCCACAGCCUGUGCCCCCCAUCCACCCGAUGCCCAUGCACUAUGGCCCAGGCCAGGGCUAUGAUGGGGAAGAGAGAGCAGUGAGUGAAAGCUUCGGGCCUGGAGAAUGGGAUGACAGGAAAGUCCGGCACACCUUCAUCCGAAAGGUUUACUCCAUCAUCUCUAUCCAGCUGCUCAUCACGGUGGCCAUCAUCGCUAUCUUUACCUUCGUGAAGCCAGUCGGUGAUUUUGUGAGGAGAAACCUGUUUGUCUACUAUGUGUCCUAUGCUGUAUUCCUGGCCACCUAUCUGACCCUCGCCUGCUGCCAGGGACCCAGACGCCGAUUCCCAUGGAACAUCAUCCUGCUGACCCUCUUUACUCUUGCCAUGGGCUUCAUGACCGGCACCAUUUCCAGUGUGUAUGAAACCAAAGCUGUCAUCAUCGCCAUGAUCAUCACUGCUGUGGUGUCCAUUUCGGUCACCAUCUUCUGCUUCCAGACCAAGGUGGACUUCACUUCAUGCACAGGCCUCUUCUGUGUCCUGGGCAUUGUGCUGAUGGUGACAGGGAUUGUCACUGCCAUUGUGCUGUCCUUCAAAUAUAUUUACUGGCUUCACAUGGUGUAUGCUGCUCUGGGGGCCAUCUGCUUCACGUUGUUCCUGGCUUAUGACACGCAGCUGGUCCUGGGUAACCGGAAGCACACCAUCAGCCCAGAGGACUACAUCACUGGCGCUCUGCAGAUCUACACUGACAUCAUCUACAUUUUCACCUUUGUGCUGCAGCUGGUUGGGGAUCGCAAUUAAGGAGCACCGUGUUCCGCCCCACCGCAGGCUCUCCCUUCCCUAGAGGGCUGGGCCCUGUGACCCGAGUCUGGAUCCCAGAUCCCUUUCCUUCUCCUCCAGUAACAUGCCCAGUUUCUUUUCUGCCUUGGGAUGGGUGGCCUCUCUGGCGGCGGAUGUGCAGGUCCUGGGCGGGCUGGAGGAACUGGGGACUAACUCUUGCCUUCAGCAGACUCAGUGAGAACGAGGCAGAAGAUGGGCUGGCUGCCUACCUGCUACCUGGCACCAAACUCUUCUUAGCAGCUGGGGUUGCAGGGAGGGACAAGGAGAGCCUAUUCUAUAGCCAAAAAGGAAUAUGAGAGGUAGAAGUGACUUUGAGGUGCUGAGGUGUCCCCUCCCACCUCUGCCUUAGGCUUCUGGGCUCUACAUAAUAGCCAGAGCUAUUUCUGCCCUCAACCCCCAACAAAGCCAGAGAGCUCUGUCCCUAGCCUCCUGUGCUCCUAGGCCACUGUCCUGUACUCCUUUGACAACCCUUGGCACCUUCCAGCUUACAAAGAUAGACAAGAUCUGUGCCCAUGGGUCUCCCCUGCUUCAAUCCCUCUUCUUUUGAUGGCAUGUAUGUGCUGUUUGUUUGGAGUGGGGGAGGAAGAGGAGAGUCAGCAAAGUCAAGCACAGGGGGCAAUAAAAAGCAGCAUCUACCCUGGGCUUCUCAUGGCUUCUGGUGGUAGAGAGGACAGGCCGUGUUGGCAGCUGUCUGGUCCCCAUUCUCCAAAGCUGCCUGGGGCCUCCCUGGGUGCUUCUGAGAUCUCUCAUCAGACACCUCUUGCUUCUUGUUGCCCAGGUUGCUCAGCAGAAGGUGAGGAGCGAAGGUCAGGAGGUGGGGUGGUUUGUAGGAUCCUAAGUGUGGCCAGGGAGUAACCAGGGUAAAGAGAGGCCAGGGUGGGGGCAGGGAAAAUGCCCUGGGGGUUCUCUACCUGGUAUGAGGGAAAUGAAAGCCUCCUGUGAUGUCCAUGGAAACUUCUAUGUUCUUUCUUUACAUUAACCUGGGGAGGACCUUGAGCGAAAGAUUUCCCCUCAAAGUUUGUGCUGGGGGAUUUUAGACUUGAGCCUUAAACCUGCCUCUUUCUUUGUGACACCAAGUGCCUCAAGCGGGGAAGGGGGAACAAGAGUCACUGUUGUGGGGGUGGAAACCAAAUCAGCCCGAGGGUGUAAUUAGGACUUCUCUUAACUACUUGGUCCUAAAUAUAUCACACAAAAGGACAUAUCUAGAAGUGUAAUAAAGUUUUAUGUUUAGAAGUUAAA